AUGGGUGUAACGGGCCUCUGGACAGUCGUCGCCCCCACCGCUCGUCCCACUCAGCUCGCCUCCCUAAACCGUAAACGGCUCGCCGUCGACGCCUCGAUCUGGAUUUACCAAUUCCUCAAAGCCGUGCGCGACAAGGAAGGCAAUGCCCUCCGCAACAGCCACGUGGUCGGCUUCUUCCGUCGAAUCUGCAAGUUAUUGUACUUCGGUAUCAAACCCGUGUUUGUAUUCGAUGGCGGGGCGCCCGUGCUGAAGAGGGAGACCAUCCGUAAGAGAGCGCGGAGAAGGGAGGGGAGGAGGGAGGAUGCAGCCCGGACGGCUGGGAAGCUGCUUGCCGUGCAGGUUGCGCGCGCGGCCGAGGAGGAAGAACGGAGAAGAAAAGAGGCGGUAAGCAGGGAUGACGAUGAAGAAGAGUUGCCGCCGGAGCAGGAGCUCGUGUACGUCGAGGAGAUUGGCAUGAACCAGAAGGAACGGCAGGCAGGUCGGAGUGAGAAAUUCCGCAAGAAAGAUCAAUACCAUCUGCCUGAUCUGGAUGUGAGCAUUGCAGCAAUGGGCGCGCCCAAUGAUCCGAGAAUCAUGUCUCAGGCCGAGUUGGAAGAGUACGCGCGCCACUUCCACAGCGGCGAGGACAUCAAUCUGUACGACUUCUCCAAGAUUGACUUUGAGAGUCCCUUCUUCUUGUCCCUGCCGCCCGGUGAUCGCUACAAUAUCCUGAAUGCGGCAAGACUACGCUCGAGACUGAGAAUGGGAUACUCGAAGGAGCAACUCGACGGCAUGUUCCCGGACCGCAUGGCUUUCUCAAAGUUCCAGAUUGAGAGGGUCAAGGAGAGGAACGAGUUGACGCAACGCCUUAUGCAUCUGAACGGAAUGGUCGAGGGCGAUUUCCUCCUUGACGGCGGAGGCAGAAUCGCGGGCGAGAAGGGAAAGGAGUACAUCCUAGUCAAGAACGAAGGCGUAGAAGGUGGGUGGGCACUCGGUGUGGUGUCGAACAAGCAUGGAACCAAGAAAGAAAACGCAAUCGACCUUGACAAGGACGAGAACUCGGACGAGGAUGCUAAUCGUGCUGACUCUGCUGACGAAGACGAGUUUGAAGACGUCGCCAUUGAAGGCUUGAAUCGGUUACCGAAGAAUUGGGCGAGGAAAAGGAAAGCUGAGGUUGACAAUGGUAUGAUGUAUGAAGAAGCCGCCGAGGUGAUCGCGAAGAAGAGAAAGGCCGUGUACGAAGCCAGAAGGACUGCCGCCGAGACGCAGACCGGACGUCCUCAGGCCAUUCCUGCUGUCCCACUUCCUACCCAGACUACGACUGCCCCCGUGGACGAUGAAUCUCUCUUUGUCCCCGACAAUAAAGCUGACGAUGAAGACGAGGACGACUUGUUUGAGGAUGUCCUCCCGGUUGCGCCCGAUAUAGAUGACGAUGACGACCUACGACGAGCUAUUGCUUUGUCCUUGGAGCAGAUUACCGAGGACGAUCACAGCACUCUCGACAAGGCCACAAGACCACCUAGCGAGAGCUCCGACGAAGACGAAGCCUUCGACCUACAAGCCGCGCUGGCAGAAUCAAGACGGACCAAGCCCAAACCGAAGACAAACGUCAGAGACAGAGAUCCAUCCCAACCAAGGGAGGCUCCAUUUCAGUUUCAGGGCCCCUUGCCGUUCGAGUCCCUCAAUCUGGGUCAAUCACUACUCAGAAAGAAGAAAUCAAAGAAGAUUGAGGAGGAGCUAUCCGGCGGCUUCGAUCGCGAUCUGGGGGACGACGCUUUUCGAAAAGAAAGGCCGCCGCAACCAAUGCCUGACUGGUUCGGUGCGACGCCUAAUCCCAAGGAUAUGAAGUAUACGGGAGUGGACAGGGACUUGAUCGAGGAUCCUACCACAUAUGGGCUGGACGACGUCGACAGAAGGGAAUUCCUGCGUCGACGCGAGACAAAGGAGAUAGUCGAUCUGGAUACCGAUGAAGAAAGAGAGCAGAGUCCUGAACCUAUUAACCUCGGAGCUGACGCUGAGAAGGCCGACCAUGAUCAUCCGAUUGACCUUGACCAGGACGAGGGUGAUGAGAAAGAUUUAGAAGUGUUGGUCCAGCCAUCUCAGGACAUGGAUAUCGAUGCAGCUCUUCCAAGCCAAACAGAAGGGGUCGAUUCGCCCAGGUUCGAAGAGGUCGGAGACCGUGAUAAGCGCACGCGAGACGAAGAACGUGAGAAGCGCUAUGAAAUAGCUCGUCAGAUUGCCGCCGAGACAGGGACCGGAGCACCAGAGGGCCAGCCGCAUCCGACUUUGGGCGAGAUGGCGGACGAAGUUCGAGCGGAACCCCCAUUGCCUUCUUCCGCACCACAGUAUAAUCCUCGGCCGGCGGAUAAGACUGCCGAAGACGGUGAGUUUGAAGCGGUGGACUGGAGCGAGUCUGAUCACGACCAACCCGAUCAGCCGGCAACUCCUGGCUCUCUCGGCACUGUCAACCCAGAGUCUCCAGCACCUCGACCUCGAUCUGCAACGGCUGAAGUAGAUGAAGAUGAUGACGAAGAUUUCGAGGACGUCAAUAUGGAGCCAGCUCCAGCUCCACCUCAUCUACAGAACACGAACAUACCCAACGUAUCGGCCCGCCGAGAUCAGCCAGAGCAACAGCCUCCCAACCCAGCAGCCGAGCCGUUACCGGAAGACGAAUUCGACUAUCUCUCCACCGACGAAGAAGACCUGAUGCGCCAACUUGCCGAAGAGGCAGAAGAACACGCCCGCUUCACCUCAGCCCUGCACAAUCAGAGCACCUCAACUGAGCAAGCCAUGCGCGACUUCGACGCCGAGCUGAAAGCCCUACGAAGCCAACAGAAGCGCGACCGCCGUGACGCGGACGAAGUCACCCAGACGAUGAUCCAAGAAUGCCAGUCCCUGCUCCGUCACUUCGGCCUGCCCUACAUUACCGCCCCCAUGGAAGCGGAGGCCCAGUGCGCGGAGCUCGUGCGUCUCGGCCUCGUCGACGGCAUCGUGACCGACGACUCGGACAUUUUCCUCUUCGGCGGCACGCGCAUCUACAAGAACAUGUUCAACGCCGCCAAGUACGUCGAGUGUUACCUGGCCGCGGACCUGGAGAAGGAGUUCCUGCUCACGCGCGAGAAGCUCGUCCGCUUCGCCCACCUCCUCGGCAGCGACUACACCGAGGGCAUCCCUGGCGUGGGGCCCGUGACGGCGCUGGAAAUCCUUACCGACUUUGACGAUCUGGACGAGUUCAAGGCCUGGACGGAGCGCGUUCAACUCGGCAGACCGGCCGAUCUGGAGGGCCAGCUCAGCACGCCCUUCCGCCGCAAGUUCCGCAAGACGGUGCAGAAGAAGCUGUUCCUGCCGCCGGCGUUCCCGGACCGGCGUGUCGACGAAGCGUACCUGUUCCCGGAGGUGGACUCGAACGCCGAGCCCUUCCAGUGGGGGGUUCCGGACUUGGACAAACUGCGGGGCUUCUUGAUGGCGACGAUCGGGUGGAGCCAGGAGCGGACGGACGAGGUCCUCGUCCCCGUGAUCCGCGACAUGAACAAGCGCGAGGUGGAGGGCACGCAGAGCAACAUUACGAGAUAUUUUAGCGGGGCUGUGGGCGCGGGUGCCGCUCGGGGCGGAGGGUUAGGUGGUGUAAGAGGUGGUACUGGCGGAAAAGCGCUCGCCAUCGGUGGCGAGGGACCGUUGUUUGGUGCCGCGCAGGCAAAGGCCGAAGCUAUGGCGCCGAGGAAUCGUUCCGGCAAGGAGAGCGGGCGGAUGAGGAACGCAUUCAAGCGCCUUCGAGGCGAGGCUGAGAGGCGGCGGCGGCGUAGAAAGCACGACAACGAUGAGGGAGACGAGCAAGGCGAGGAAGACGAGAUGGAUCCCAGUGACGGGCUGGGUGAGAUUCAAGGCAUUGAUGGGGACGAGGAAGAGGACGAGGACGGGAACAAGGCCACAAAUCCCGGAUCAAACUCGGCGACUCCCGUCUCGGUGGAUGGGAGUGGGUUCAGCGACGGAGAUGUCGCCGGCGAUGAAGCUGGAUUGGACACAAAAUCGAACUCGAAGUCGAAGACGAAGUCUAAGACAAAACCGAAGACGAAGGCAAGGCCGAAGAGCAACACAAAGAGUGCGACACAGAGGCGCGCCGCAAUCUGA